GGAAGGAAAAACACACGAGUGCAGAUAACGGUUUUAGGAGAGUUUAGGAAGAGCGAAUCCACAGAUAUUAUGCUGCACCGGAGGGGAGAGGCAGGGACACUGGUUCUAACGUGGAGCUGUUCGCUGUGCCCGGUCUCCGAAGGCUGUUAGGAGGCAACAUGUCGCCGCUGUAGCCGAUAUUAUAAAUGAACACAGGUAUUUAUUCUUCAGAAAAGGUUUGUUUUUACAUGCUGUCCGUCUAAAUUGGAUAUCGAAGGGGGGCGGGAGAGUGAGCAACAAGUGGAGUUUACCUUUGGAGAGGCCGAAAUUUCACACCUUCACUAGCUAUGGAAGAGCAAAAGGAGCCCAGCAGCGGACGGGACUCGACCGAGGAGGAGAGCAUGUCCUUAUCGCCAAACCUCCCAUCCCCUCCCAUGAUUUUACCCCACCAGGCCGCACAGCAGGCCCACAGAACCACGAACUUUUUCAUUGACAACAUCCUCCGGCCGGACUUCGGCUGCAGAAAGGAGCCGAGCUACCGCGACCGCAGCCAGACGCCUGGCAGAGAAAACGUGAACCCGCUGGGCGCGAGGCCGCCGCACACCGGGAGCCUCUGCCUGGAUUCCAACUGCAGCAGCGACAGCACCUCGUCGUCGCCCUCCUCGUCGUCGUCCACGUCCUCCUCGCCCUCCUCCAAGCAGAACUCGUCGAAACAAAGCGAACCUGCGAGCAACGGGACUGGCAGAUACGCAGACAGCCCCUCUUCAAUUAUGGUUAUGAGUGGCAGCAAUGCAGGGUCUCCGCCCAUAAUGAAAGAAAGCCAGCCGCUGUUGUGGCCCGCUUGGGUUUACUGUACACGGUACUCGGACCGGCCCUCAUCUGUUUCCACGCCAGGCCCAAGGACACGGAAACUGAAAAAGAAGAAGAACAGCAAGGAGGACAAGCGACCCCGGACAGCGUUCACGGCCGAGCAGCUGCAGAGACUGAAAACCGAGUUCCAGGCCAACCGGUACAUAACGGAGCAGCGGAGACAGUCUCUGGCCCAGGAACUCAACCUGAACGAGUCCCAAAUUAAAAUCUGGUUCCAGAAUAAGAGGGCAAAGAUAAAAAAGGCCAGCGGCUACAAGAACGGCCUGGCCCUGCAGCUCAUGGCUCAAGGACUUUACAACCACUCGACCACCACCGUGCAGGAGGACAAGGAGGAAAGUGAAUAAGGGGCCCGCCCGGGGCCGCGACCUGACUCUGGGGCUUUUGGAGACAAUGAGAUGAACUGCAAGCUGGGGCAACGCUAUUUAAGACACAGAUUUCUGUUUAUGGUAACAGUAUAUGGACGUAAUUAUAUAAAUGAACGAUCGUUAUUAAAGUUUAUAUAGCCACACAGUUAUCAUGUUAUUUAAUUUCAGCCUCAUCUUCUCCGUCUGCUUCUCAUUGUUUUUCUAAUGGGCUCUGUAGGUUCUUGUGCUCUGCGCCAUAUUUUAACCCAACACAUCAGUCCUCAGACUCAAGCAAGCCAAAGAUUUUAAUAUGUUCACAUGUAGUCUGAAAUAAAAAAGGAGAACGGUAGAUGAUGGACUAAAUCAUUUUCGUCUUCUUUUCGUCCCCACAGAUCAGCUGUGAUAUCUGGGAUAAAAAUAUAUUUAGGCAGUAUGACCUCUUAUGUCACAUUGAUUCCUCAAACCUUACCGAAAU